GGUCGGACCCACAAGCAGAGAUGCAGAAGAAGCUCUGGAGAGAGAAUCAUAUGGCAGUUUCAUGAUCCGCUCUUCUUCUUUAAAGACAGAGAGAGAGAGAGAGAGAUACAUUUCAGAAAACAAGAAGAAGAAGAGGAAAAUCCGGGUCGUACCCGAAUACCCAUCUCUCCCCACUCGGGUUCCAAAGUUCUUGUCUUUCGUUUGCCCCCCUUUGGAUUUGGGCGUUGAAAGCCUCAAAGAGAGAGAGAGAGAGAGAGAGAGAGAGAGAGAGAGAGAGAGAGAGAGAGAGAGAGAGAGAAAACAAACAAACAGCAUACGAACAACCUCUUCCUUGCCCUCUCUCCACUUUGCUCUGUGCCCAGUAACGAGGCUCCUUGUUUCUGCAUAGGAAUUUGCAAGAGAGAGACACCCCUCGUCUCAAUUCUCAACGCCUUUCCUCUGUUUAUAAGAACCCCAUUGAAACGGUCUUCUAUUCUCAGCAUCUUUUAAUUCCUCAAACGGUUUCUUCACUUUAUCAUUCAGAGAUCAGAGAUCUACCCGUCUCUGUAUGAGGCAGAAGAACAAUGGGUGAUGGUAGUAGCCUCAAGAGAACCAAGCUUUCAUGGCCCAAAACAUUGGUUAAGAAAUGGCUCAACAUCAAGAGCAAAGCAGAAGACUUCCACGCAGACGACAGAGACCUGUACAGAGGUGAAGGUGGAGAUUGGAGGAACAAUGUCAUUGAAAGAGAAGAAGCAUGCUCUGUCAAGAAAAGCAGCACUGAGACUCCGAGCAAGAGGAAUACCGCAAGAGGUAGACGAAACAGACACGAAUUCGAUUCACCGCAACCGCAAGUUCAUAAUCUUAGGGUUUUCACUGCUACAUGGAAUGUCGCCGGAAAAUCUCCGCCGAGUUAUCUGAAUCUCGAGGAUUGGCUCCACACUUCACCUCCUUCCGACAUUUACGUUCUUGGCUUCCAAGAGAUCGUUCCUCUGAACGCCGGCAACGUAUUGGGCACAGAAGACAACGGUCCCGCCAGGAAAUGGGUUUCUCUCAUCAGAAGAACCUUAAACAGUCUCCCGGAGAACAGCGGCGGAAGCUGCCGGACUCCGUCGCCGGUUCCCCACCCGGUGGCGGAGCUGGACUCAGACUUCGAAGGGGCAAACUCGUCAUUCUACCAUCGGAGGUCGUUUCAGUCGGUGAGCAGGAGCCUGAGGAUGAAUGAGUUGGAGACGGACAUGUCAGGAUCCGUGGAGCCUCAGCUUGAGCGGAGGUUCAGCGUCUGUGACCGUUUCAUGUUGGGCCGCGAAUUCUACGACCAGAGCUUCAGGUAUUGCUCCUCUGAGGAGGAGAAUGUGCAGGACGCAGCAGAUUCGCCGUCGUAUUAUACGGUCACGAGGAGUGGAUCCUUUGUGACAGAGGACAGAGAGAAGGGAAGGGACAAGUCCAAGUAUUGCUUGGUGGCGAGUAAGCAGAUGGUUGGGAUAUUCUUAAGCGUUUGGGUGAAGAGUGAUCUAAGGGACAGUGUCAAGAACCUCAAAGUGUCUUGUGUAGGCAGAGGCUUGAUGGGUUAUCUCGGGAACAAGGGCUCUAUUUCGAUCAGCAUGUCAGUGCACCAGACGAGCUUCUGCUUUGUGUGCAGCCACUUGACGUCUGGUCAGAAAGAAGGGGACGAGCUGAGAAGAAAUUCUGACGUUUUGGAGAUUCUAAGGAAGACGAGGUUCCCUAGAGUGAACAACGCAUGCGACGACAAGUCUCCUCAGACCAUUUUAGAACACGAUCGGGUAAUCUGGCUUGGAGACUUGAACUACCGCAUCGCUCUUUCUUACCGGUCCGCAAAGGCCCUUGUCGAGAUGAGAAACUGGAGUGCCUUGCUUGAGAAAGACCAGCUACGGUUAGAACAAAGAAAAGGGAGAGUCUUUGAAGGAUGGCAUGAAGGGACCAUAUAUUUCCCUCCAACGUACAAGUACUCUAACAAUUCUGAUAUCUACGCUGCCGAUGAUCGCCUUCCCAAGGCCAAGAGGCGCACUCCAGCAUGGUGUGAUCGCAUUCUCUGGUACGGGAGUGGUCUUAAUCAGCUGUCAUAUGUUCGUGGGGAAUCAAGAUUCUCUGAUCACAGACCAGUCUACAGUUUGUUCUCCGUAGAGAUUGAAUCCGUGUCUAGGAACCACCGUAUCAAGAAAAGCUCUAGUUACUCCAGCUCUAGGAUCCAAGUUGAGGAACUUCUUCCUCAGCGCUUUGCAUAUUCUGAGCUUAACCCCUUCUGAUUCUUCAUCACUCCUCAAUCAUUUGGAAGAUAGAUCCCCAGCGAGGGAGGAUUCAUCGUUUCUUAAGCCCCUCGAAAGAAAAACGGGGUUGGUCAAGAUCUCUGUGCAUUUCCCUGUUUUGGGUAUGAGAUUCGAGUGAAAAGAGAAGAAGAGAGUAAUAGUGUAGCUUUAACUGAUCAAAACAUAUAUAUCUUUAGGAUCAUAGAGAAAUUGACCAGUUUUGUGCUUUUCAAACCAUUAGUUUCUCCAUAGAGCCUAGGACUCAUCAAACUUGUGUAUGUAUAUAUAUGUGUGUAUGCUUGUACAUCUAAUGGAUUCUUUGUAAUGACCGAUGGGUUUAGAGUAGAAGAAAGCUUUGUUAUUUUCAGUUUCUUGUCCUCUGAUUUCUUCCCCAUGCAAUACUGAAC